AUGGCCUUUGUGUUACCCCAGAUUCACAUCAAUGAGCAGUCCUCCUGGGGACCCCCAGAGGUUCAAGGGGGGAAAAUUGAAACCACAGUGGGCUCAUUAUACCAUAAGAGAGAAGCCGUUGAGCCGUUUGACUGGCUUAGGGUGUUAGAACCCGUUGAAGGUGGGAGGCAACGUGAAUUCACGAUCGUUGAGGAUGAAAAGAGAAACAAAAUACUAAAGAGCACGCGCGUGAAGGAGCGGCGUCAAGUUCCGGAUUGGUCAGCUCCUAGGCGCCAUCAGAAUUCCCGCCGCAACUUUCAGAACAAACCCAAGCGAAAUAUCACCCUACCUCCCGAUACCGUCAAGGUGCCGUCUGACGCUGUCAUCCUUGAGCAGUUUCGACAGGCUGAGCUUGCCAAGAUGCCAAACCUUACCAGCCUACCGACAGUAUCUGACAUAUCACAGCACAACCGACCACCAGUGUAUAAGAAUGAGAUGGAUAAGGCAUCCUGUAAAGCCCCGAUCCCACUUAACGAAAAAGAAACAAAGGUGGAUUUUACACGUUCGGAUUCGUUUACCGACAAUGUACUGCGUGGUAUUCUCAAGAGUGAACCACCGGGCACUUACCCAAUCGUCGUGGCAACUGACGAAGUGCUUGCACUCCUCAUGACGUGCAGCCGAAGCGUGUACUCCUGGCAUCUUCACUUCUAUCGCGUCGGCCGUUUUUACUUUAUAUCGAAAGUUGAUGGUUGCAACGUCGAGAAGCAAUGGGUGGACGAAACUGCUGACGUGUCGCGUGUCCCUUCGGAGACCGAGGUGGUGGAGACCGACCGCACUAGCAGUCUCGAGGCGGAAUCAUCCAAGGUAAACAAUUUCUUUGUUGCGCAGUCCUGUACGGCCGCUCGGUACCAGAUGGACUGUGAAAAAAGCCCCUUUCCGGGGAAGCAUCCUCGCUUGUACCGCUACCGCCGGUUCGUUAUGCACGCUGACACCAAGGACAGGUACGAUUUGAUUGUCCGUUGCGAGGUGGACGCGAUGCAAGGUGAUAAACACAUUCGACUCUUUGGGCUAUUGGAGCACUGCAUCAAAGGUGAGGAGAACGAUUGGCGCAAGAUGUUGGCUUCGCAGACCGCCACAUGUAUAUCGGAAGAGUAUCGGAGGAAUGCGCAGAAGAUGGCCCGCUGGAUCGCCCUUUGUCACCUCUCGGGUGCACACAUGAAGAUUGGUUUCAUUUCACGGUGUCGUAAGGGUGCCGGGGUGUUUGACCCACUUCGUCACGAAGUGCUUGCGACAUUUACGAACGAUCCUUCCCCACUCGCUGCCCAAUUGGGUAUAAAGGUUGCUAACAUGUGGACGGUAGCGGACACCAUCAUCACGGCAUUUGUGCAGUCAGAUUUCAGUGAAGCAGCGCUUGUAAAGAGGUCGGGGGAUACCUCAAUCCUUCUAGUGGAGAAAUGUGAAGAAGAAUUUUAUGAAGAGGAGGAGGAUGAGGAGGAUGACGACGAAGAGGAUGAUGAUGAUGAUGGUGAGGAAGACGGUUAG